CUAAUCAUAAUAUUAUAUCUCACAAAAGUCUAGAUACUAAUGAUACAUUUUAACAUUUCUCAAUGUUUAAAGGUACUACUGGAGCCUAGUACAUAUCGUUAUUAGUGUAAUUAAGUAUUGUCUUCUAUAUGCUAUUAGGCACCAGUGGUGCCUAGCACCUUCUCGACAUGUCGCGUUGUGAUUGACUAGCGAUACUCCUUAAAAGCUAUUAUAUUAAAUUAUAUGGGACCCGAUACUUAAUUGGACCAAUAGCGAUAUUGACACAUAGGAAGGUGCUAGGCACUACUGGUGCUCUUUAGCAUUUCUUUUUAAUAUAAUAUCUUUUAAAGAAUAUUGCUAACCAAUCAUAAAAUAUGAUAAAAUGUCAUUGCUAAAAAAGUAAUGGGCACCGCUCCCCCACAAGUUGAAUCAAAGCAUUGGUAUAUUGGUACCGUACUAGUUUUGUCCCACAUUGGUGAUUUGUGAGUAAUUUUCCAAAUUUAUAUUCUCCAAGUCUUGCAAAUCUCUGUGUUGUUCAUUUCUCCAUGGACUUGUUCUUCUUCUUCAUCUCAAUCUUCCUAUUCACAACAACAACAACAGCAACAGCCUCCAUAUCAGUCCACUCCAUCACCCCAAACUUCACAGCCUCAAACACCAAAUUCAUCAACUACUCAGGGGACUUCUUAGUCUCCAAAAACGGGUCAUUCAAAGCCACCAUAACCAACUCAAAAUCACCUCCUCUCCACACUCACCAUUACCACCUCUCCGUCGUCCACGUCACCACCUCCACCGUGGUCUGGACAGCAAACAGAGACAACCCCAUCUCUCAAUCCUCACUCCUCUCACUAACCACCAAAGGCCUCUCAAUCACCAACCAUUCAACUUCAACAGUCAUAUGGUCAACACCCAAAUUCACCACCACCAAUGUCUCAGCUCUCCAACUUCUCGAAACUGGAAACCUCGUAUUACUCGACCACCAAAACACCACCCUUUGGCAGAGCUUCGAUUACCCAACUGACACAAUCCUCGUCGGCCAGCGCUUACGUGUCGGUCAAACACUCGUCAGUUCCAAGUCUCCUGAUGAUGUGUCAACAGGUGAGUAUGGAUUAACGGUUAAUAACAGUACAGACUUGGUGUUGAAAUGGAAGAAUACGACGACGUAUUGGAAGGUUUCUGCUGUGGAGUUGAAUCAAACUGGUUUGUUUGAGUUUGAUCAUAUAAUGCUUGGUGAUUCAGAGGGUUUUAGGAUGAUGAAAUUGGGUGAUGAUGGGAGAUUGAGUAUAGUUAGAUUUAUAGGUAACAACAAAAACAGCUCUGUUGAAGAGUACUCUGCUCCAUUUCAACACUGUCAAGUUCCUAUGGUUUGUGGAAAAUUAGGCCUUUGUAGUGGUCGUGGCGCAACCGGUAACUGUGGUUGUUCAUCUGGUUUUUACAGCAAAGCUCAUCCCAUUGGAUCAGAUUGUGUCCCCAACAAUGCAUCUCUUUCUUUACCUCUUCCUUGUAAAACCAAAAAUGGCAACAACAACAGCAACAACAACAACAACUCUGUUUUGUAUGUGAGUCUAGGUAAUGAUACAGACUAUUUCGCCAAUGAUUUUAUGGACCCUUUUCGGAGAAAUGUCACUCAAUCUGUUUGUCAAGAUCUGUGCUCGACUAACUGUUCUUGUUUAGCUAUUUUCCAUGAAGCUUCUUCUGGUUCUUGUUAUUUGAUUGAGAAUGAAAUAGGCUCACUCAUCAGGUCUGGCCCUGCUAGUACUUCUCAGAACAAUCGUUUGGGAUAUGUUAAGACUUUCGUUGUGGCAACAUCAACAUCCUCUUCUUCUUCCGUUGUUAGUAGUGGUAGCAAUGGAAAUAGUUUUCCAAUAGCUGGUUUUGUACUCAUACCCUUUUCGGGUUUGGUUCUUGUAUUAGCUGCAGUGCUUUUAACAACUCUUUGGUUGAGAAGAAAAGGGAGGAGUUUUGGUUUUGGAAUUGGGAACUCCAAAGUCACAAGAUUAGAGCGUUUGAACUCUUCUUCAUGGAGUGAAGAGUCAGAGGAAGACAUAUCAAUCCCUGGUUUACCAGUGAGGUUUGAUUAUGAGGAGUUGGAAGUUGCCACUGACAAUUUCAAAACUCAAAUUGGGAGUGGAGGAUUUGGGACAGUUUACAAAGGUAUACUUGCUGAUAAGACCGUUGUGGCAGUUAAGAAGAUGACUAGUUUGGGUGUGCAAGGAAAGAAAGAGUUCUUCACAGAAGUUUCCAUCAUAGCAAACAUUCACCAUGUCAAUCUUGUUGGGUUGAAAGGUUUUUGUGUUGAAGGAAGCAAGCGUUUUCUGGUGUUUGAGUUCAUGAACAAAGGGUCAUUGGACCGAGCUCUUUUCGGUGAUGCUGGGCCUGUUUUGGAAUGGGAUGAGAGAUUUGACAUAGCUCUUGGAACAGCCAGAGGACUUGCUUACUUACACAAUGGCUGCAACCACAAGAUCAUACACUGUGAUGUGAAGCCAGAGAACAUUUUGCUGCAUGGGAAUUCACAAGUGAAGAUAUCUGAUUUCGGUUUGUCAAAGCUACUGAAUCCUGAACAGUCUAGUCUCUUCACUACCAUGAGAGGUACAAGGGGUUAUUUAGCCCCUGAAUGGCUAACAAACACUGCAAUUACAGACAAAGUUGAUGUGUAUGGUUAUGGAAUGGUGUUACUUGAAAUAGUUAGAGGAAAGAAGAACUACUUAACAUCAUUGUCAUCAUCAUGUUCAGAGCGUUAUUUUCCUUUGGUGGCACUAGAAAUGCAUGAGCAGAGAAGGUACUUGGAGUUGGUUGAUCCGAGGUUGGAAGGGCGAGUUGUUUCGAGUGAGGAAGUGGAGAAGCUGAUCAAGAUAGGACUGUGUUGUGUGCAGGAGGACCCUGCGUUGAGGCCGAGCAUGGGGUGUGUGGUUGGGAUGUUGGAAGGGACAGUAGCCUUGGCUGAGCCUAGAGUUCAGUCAUUGAAUUUUUUGCGUUAUUAUGGGCAAAGAAUGAGUGAGACUUGUUCUGGUUCUUGUUCUUGUUCUUCUUCAGUUGAAACACAGAACAAGAGUGAGUUGGGAUUGUUGAAUAAGCAUCAUUAUAAGAAUAGUGUUAGUAGUUACAUUUCUGCUGAAGAGUUGUCUGGUCCCAGGUGAUGCAUUCCAUAUGUAUGUACAUAUAUAAUACAUAGGUAGAAGAUAGAUAUGAUAUCAUUGACUCACAUGAGAUGAGAUUGUUGUUUUUCUUUGUUUUUAUGCACUUUGUUCUGUACACUAUUGUAUUCAGUUCUUUAAUUAAUAUAGUUAUAAGAUAAAUAAGGGUAUUCCAUAUUGCCA